AUGGACGGGAGCGCCGGCUCCUUCGUCGCCGUGCGCCGGCUCUCCGGCUCCGACCGCGCCGCCGCCUUCCACCACUCCUCUUCGGCGGAGGUCGUGACGGGGUCGACGGCGUGGAUCGGGAAGGGGCUCUCCUGCGUCUGCGCGCAGAGGAGGGACAGCGAUGCGCGCCUCUCCUUCGAUUUGACGCCUGUGCAGGAAGAAUGCCUACAGAGGUUACAGAACCGGAUAGAAGUUCAGUAUGAUAGUGCAAACAGAGAGCAUCAGGAAGCACUACAGGCCCUUUGGUGUGCUUCUUUUCCUGGCACCGAGCUUCGGGGUCUAAUAUCAGAACAAUGGAAAGAGAUGGGUUGGCAAGGGAAAGACCCAUCUACAGAUUUUAGAGGUGGAGGCUUCAUCUCCUUGGAGAAUCUAUUGUACUUUGCUAGGAACUAUCCAAAAUCUUUCCAGGAACUUCUUCGCAAGCAGAAUGGUGACCGUGCAAUCUGGGAGUAUCCAUUUGCUGUAGCUGGUGUAAAUAUAACCUUCAUGCUCAUUCAGAUGCUUGAUCUCCAAGCAGUUAAACCGAGGUCAUUGUUCGGAGCAGUUUUCCUAAAGCUUCUUUCAGAAAACGAUCGAGCUUUUGAUAUUCUUUACUGCAUAACCUUCAAGCUGAUGGAUCAGCAAUGGCUUGACAUGCAUGCUACUUACAUGGACUUCAAUACGGUCAUGAAAUCAACGCGGCGUCAGCUAGAAAGGGAGCUGUUGAUUGAAGAUAUUCAGAGGGUUGAGGACAUGCCAUCAUACAGGCUUCUGGGCCGGUAG